UGUAAUUCGGUUCCAAAGUUCACCAAAAAUAGUUCGUUCGCGGAUGACCCAUUGGGACGCUUCAGAAAAGACGAUGAGAUCAUCUCGACACUGGGUUGAGGUUUGGUUGUCUCCCAAAUUUCGUGAUUAACACAAGGUUUUAUGGUAUUCCAAUACCAAUCAAAUGAGUUGAAAAAUAGAAGGGAAUUUAAGUUAAGGAAACCAGAGGGUUUUAAGCUAUCUGUUCUAAGGUUUCAUUAUUUGUAGACGUAUUAUGACAGAAUAAGCAAUGUACCUUCCCGCUGAAUUCACAACAAUUCCUACCACACCCAUGUAUGUUAGACAAUGCCAUUUUCUGGUUAUUAAACUAAAAUAUAUAGGCCUAUUUCAUAAGAUGGCUAGGUAUAUCGAUUGAUGAUUCAUAAUAAAAUGUAUUGAACAGUCAUCUUGAAUUUUGUUGUUUUGCCGACAACAUGAGCUGUUAGGACAUGCAGACGGUCUGUGAAGCGUGUGUGUAUCAUUUCACUUCCCUGUUCAGUCUCCUGGGAGGCAAUGUGCAUGUAAAGGCGUGAAAAUAACUGUCUGUUUUACUAAACUGGAAAAGUGACUUCUCUGGUUAGUUUUCGUGGAGUGGGUGUGAGUCAGAGAAAGGGAGAGAGAGAUAGCUAACAACAGGUGUAUCCAAGAAAACAGGUAUCGGCUGUACCACUCCUACGUUUAAGAAGACAGACUAAAUUAUAAAUUAUUACUUAGCUCAAACGCCAAAAAAGUUUAGGUAGCAAGUUUCGCACAGAGGGAGCGCGCCUUCCCAAAGGAUUUAUUGGAAUACGAUUAACUUUGUCUUACACCUGAGGAUACCGACUUUAAGACUAUACGUUUAUAGUCUCCUGGAUUUGACACGGGAUAAAAUGCAUUUGACGCCUAGGAUGAGAUCAUGAACUGAGACUGAGUGGGAUUUCGUGGACCAAUGUCCCAGCUAAUUCCAACGAACGGAAAAGACCACACACACCUGUAACCGUUUUACGGACUAUUAGGCAAAGUCCAGCCGUUUUGCUCUCUAACUCAGGAGAAUGACAACGAACAUAACUCCACUGCUGUGGAUUCUGGGGUGUUUCGUGGCUGUAGUUCAUGGGGACUUUGUGGAACCUUCCACAGGCUUCUCCCUGCGAUCCCUAGCCGAAGGUGAGACCCGGCUGCCUUGCCGGUUCAAGGUGGAUGAGGACCAAGUAGUGGUGCAGGUCACCUGGACUAAGGAGAAGACGGAUGGCAGCAAGGAGCAGAUCAUCACUGUACACCACACUUCUGGACACACGGAGUUUGGUCAGUACUCGGGUCGGGUGCGGUUCAGCAGUAGUGAUCCCAUGGUGGACUCGUCCCUCCUCAUCAUGAACACUAUGGAGUCCGAUGAGGGCAAAUACAACUGUCACAUCAGCACGUUCCCUUCGGGGAACUUCGAACGGCCGCUGUCACUCAUCGUGUGGACCACGCCCAUCUCAUCCCUGGAUGCCGUGGUCCUUGUCGAGGGCGAGUCCUUCCGAUCGGCCGCCUCCUGCCGCUCCGUUGCUCGCCCCCCACCGCACCUGUCCUGGGACACCAACCUGCCGGGCCAGGUGCUGAACAGGAGCUCGGAGAGCGGAUCGGUCUACUCCCAAUUCUCCCUGCACCCCCUGCGGAGUAUGAAUGGGAAGAAGCUGGACUGCCUGGUGUGGCACGCAACACUGAAGAUACCGCGCAGGAUCACAAACAAACUGGUGGUGCACUAUCCUCCCAAUCCAGAGAUCACAGGGUUUGACCAGAACUGGUUUGCUGGUCUGGAGGGAGCUGCCCUCAGCUGUCUCAGUGGAGGAAAUCCCAAACCAGAGAGUUACACCUGGUACAGGAAGGAUGGAGAAUUACCAGAAGGGGUGAUUGGGAAGAAUGGAUCCCUGAAAUUUAAUAGGCCCCUCGCACUGACAGAUGCUGGCAUCUACCAGUGUGUGGCCGAAAACGUUGUGGGGGCGGGGACAGCAGAUGUGGAAGUCACAGUGGCAGAGUCGCCCAACAAACAAGCGCCCUUUCACAGCGUCCUGAUGAUCAUUGUGGGAGCAGUGGCCGUGGUCCUGCUCCUUAUCAUGGCCGUCAUUAUCAUCCUGGUGACCCGUCACCACAAACGCAAGAACAUGAAACUGGAGAGAGAGCUGAAUGUGAAGAAGGAGGAGAUCAGCACACUAUCCAGACAGGCCUCUUUCAGGAGAAUCAACUCCGUCAGUACGGAUGCCAGAGGACAUACAGAGGAGAAUAUCCCCCUCAGAGGGGAGAGGGGACAGAGUGGACAAGGGACACUGGGGUCCAGUCUAUCCUCCCUAGGGGAGCAAGGACGCAUUAGGGAUAGCAGCUCUACUCUAGUAGGAGGUGGGAUUGACUACCUGGGCAGACCAGUUCUUCACAACUCUUCAAGGAGAGGCAGGGAUUGCAGGACCAUGAGAGAGGAGGAAAACCGACUCCGGGUGGAGUCAUACGUGCAGAAUAGCACUUUGUCUAUGGAUCCUCCCCUCCACCCGCCUCUCCAGCCCUCUCCCUUCCCGAUGGAACAGUCCACAGAGCUGCGGAGGCCCCUGAACGGGAGCGCCAUCGUCCCCUCCGAGGGGAGUUUACAUGCACGGCACAGGCCCGGGAGCAGGAACACACAUUCGCCAAACGGCUACCCGACGAUUAAUGGCCACAGAGAAGAAGACGAGGAUGAAGACGCGGAAGAGGAGCUGGGGAUGAGCGCGAGGAGGAGUCCGUUCGAUGCGGUGGGGUCAGAGGGUCAGGACAGCGAGAACAACGGCCCUCUGAUCUCAGAUGCGGAACGAGGACAAAACCACUACUUCCAGCAGAACAACGGCGUGCUGAGACCCAAAACGCUCCCUAAACCCAGCCCCAACCCUUCCCUCCACCGCCCGUACCCGCAACCGACCGCGAUCCAAAAGGCCCAGAUAGUGUAGAGGGACCUGGAAAAUGGAAAGAACAGGCACACGACAUCACUGUUACCAGUGUUCUACAAGAGAUCGGAUGUGUUGGUUUGGUUUCCUUGGUGGCACACCUUGGUUGUUACCCGUUUACUUCUCUUUCACGUUUGAAAUGCAACUUCAAUGUCACCUCCAGUUCUUUGUUCAACAUAUAAAGCUUCUGAUUCGGAGGAGGCCGCUGAUGAAAUCAAAAGGGGUGGCACACAUCUCGGCAGGAGCUUACUUGAUAAACUGGAACAGCAGUAACACUCCAGGACAGAUCCACAGUACACUAAUAUGAUUUUGUAGGCUAAAAGACAACUUUUGUAUUAUAUUUUCUUUUUUGUUACUGCAACUUUGUAACCAGACAAUGUAAAAUACAGAGACCUAGCUGAAGGAAUUUCAGCGCAAGCGCCAAUGACAUCUGACCAGUGGAAUCCAUAUUGUAGAGCUUCUAACCUACUUCUGGAUAUCACCUACAAUGUCCUGUACACUCUAACAACAAAAAGGGAGUGAAGUGUACCAGGUGUGGUACGCCUCUUCUUACCAUGAAUGUGGCUGUGCACAAACAAUGAAAGUUUUGAAAUUCCUCAACAUAGAUGACCAAAGCUAAAGAAACCAUUGCCAGAAAGACACGUCAUGGAGUUUUACACUUGUUUGACACAACUGAGGUCCUAUGUGAAAGUCUAUUAAAACCGAGGAUAUAUAGUAUUGCUCUAUUUUCUUAGGGAAAACUAGUGAUGCAUCGGACAAUAAUAUUGGUAAAAAUAGGUGAUUGGAAGGGAGAAUGGAACUCCGAUGUAGAACAAAUCAUCCCAAAUUAUUGGAUGCAAUUUCUUUAGGUUGCUGUUAAAAAAAGGUCACAGAUGCUAGGUCAGUGCUGUAUAUUGAUUCAUUUCCAAAGCAAUAAGGGUGGGUAAAAGAAGCACAAUGCUAUAUUAGUUUGCAGCAUCCAACUUAAAUGAGUGCACAACAGCUUAUGUUUAUGAAUGCAUAAGACUAUUAAAGGUAGCAAUACUCAACAAUAAAAGGCUUAGUUUGUCCAAGAAAUUGGCCUAGUUCGCAAAACAGCAACCCACCCCGUACCAAAAGAAUAUCUAUAUGUUAUUUGAUUGGCUGAUUCAGUAAAAAAAACAACCAGAAAUCUGUAAUUGGUAUCACUUUGAAAAAAAGCAGAUUGGUGAAUCCCUUCUAUAUGCCUGUUUGUCUACAAACAGUAAACGUAUCCUCUGUGUUAUAAGCCAGUAUGAAGUAUUAUUAUGCCUGAAUCUACUGUAUUAGAAUGACUUGUGUGAAUACCAAAUGCCACCCUAAUCCAUGCGCGGGUGCAUUGAUUCUGACCAGAGCCCCUGGUCAAAGGUAGCGUUAUAUUGGGAAUAGGAGUAUGCAGCCAUGUUACGGGCUUUAGAUAUUUUUCAUGCCAUGUACCAGGAAAUGUCUUACUACUGGCAUAUUAUGUGUAAAGGGGUUAUGUUGUUCUAAUGCACACUGUCUUCAUCAGGAGAGAGACAAUGUCAUUGUGGCUUUCUAGAACUUGUUUUCUUAGUAUUUCCUACUGUAACACUACGGUCCUCAUGAAUGUGUUACCGACGUUUACUGUAAGAAUUUGGGUUGUAAUACUGCCCCCUGCUGUGCACUACUGGAUGGUGUAAGAGACAUUGCAUGGACCUUGGUAAAUGGUCUGAAGACCAAGGACUCUAUCUCCCGGACAGGUCAUAAAAUCACUGAGCUUUAGCCAUAAGCUACAGUAGCCUCAAUGAGGGCCUAUUCAGAACCCUCCUGCAACAGAAUGUUUAACUUCAAAAAUCCUUAUCGUGAUGAACAGAUGAUUGGUUGUCAUUCCAAGUAAUAGUGUAAGUUCCAUUCAUUCUAUUUCCAUCAGAAAUUUUCAGAAUGUCACUAAAUGGAUACAUGCCCACAAGAGAUGGAUGACCUCUGAACGCGGAGAUGUGUUGUAAGGCACCGUAUCUAUCUGCCAAAUGUCUAAUUGUGAAAUAAACGUCCUGAUGGUUUGUCAUGGAUGAGUAAUCACUGAGGGACCAGCCUUGUUA